AUGUAUGCUCACUUUGUUGUCUGACACACUUGGAUUUGGAAGAAAAGGAGGAAUAAAUUGAUGCAUACGAAAUGUUCUCCCCUUACCUGCACUGUUGGAGUUUCUAUGUAUCAUCUGGUUUCUCCUCUCCUUCUUCAUUAAGGGGAUAUGUGCUGGCAUGUCUAUGAUCAAGACUUGUGUGAAUGCCUGGUUGCUUACUGAUGUAAUCAGAGUUGUAAAUAUAACAUCGCCGUAUAAUUUUGAUUGUGUUGUUCGGUUACCUUGCUAGCUUAAUAAAAGGAUGUAAUAAGUCAUUUAGCAUCUUCAAUGUGUGUUUGCAUUGGAGGAGUUUGUUUUUUCUCUAGACAACAGGGAGGAGUUAGUUGUCUCUCCCACGCCCAUCUAUCCAACACAAAAUUACUUGAAUGAAUAAAGCGUUUCCUGUCUCAAAACCGAAAUGCCCGCAAAAACUCAAACAACUGUGGCAAUGAGCUCCAUGAAAUUAGCUCCUUGAAGGAUUCGAGUAAGAACAGCUGUCUUGUAACCAUAACCUGCCUAUUUUUAGAGUACUAACAUCCUAUCCAUGGAAGCAAACUAGCCAUAAAUUGAAAGAUGGAUGUAUGGUGACCGAUGGAAUAGAAAGGCAGCAAAUCUUGAGAAUGGCAUCAUCUCUCCCAAGUGGCCCUCUUGUUCUUUCUCUCUACUUGCUCCUCUUCCCUGUCUGUCUUGCUACCGAUAGCAUUUCCAUAACCUACCAUGGGGGCCCUCUCCUGACAGGAAACCUAAACCUAGCUCUUAUUUGGUACGGUCAAUUUGGGCGUGUCCAUAAAAAUGUCAUUAGGGCCUUUGUUGAAUCUCUACAUUACAAUGCGGGAGCCAACUUACAGCCACAAGUCUCGUCAUGGUGGAAUGUUGUUGAGAGCUACCAAGAGGUUGCCGGGAAGGGAAGCAGCCCUAUCAACGUAAAAGUUGUGAAGCAAGUGAAUGAUCUAAAAUAUUCAGCAGGGAAAGUUGUUACUAGCGAAUUUAUUCAGAAAGUUUUGCGGAAGGCGACUGGUGGAGACUCCAACACCAUCCCUGUUAUUCUUACUGCUAGAGAUGUUCAAAUGCAGGGGCUGUGCUUCACAAAAUGCUCACAACAUGGAAUGCUUGGUGAUCAUCAGCAGCCAUAUAUUGUGGUGGGCAAUCCAGAAAGUGAAUGCCCAGGGUCUUGUGCUUGGCCAUUCCAAAAGCCAGACAAAGGGCCUCUAUCUAUAACAUUGAACCCGCCAAAUGGCAAUUUGGGCGUGGAUGCCAUGGUUAUCGCCUUCGCAAGGGCGUUGGUUGAAGCUGUGACCAACCCAUAUAAGACUGGAUUUUUCCAGGACAACAGUAAUAAUGCCAACAAAACCGUGGAGGCCGCAUCAGCUUGCUGGGGCAUUUUCGGAAGCGGAGCAUUCGAUGGCUACACCGGAAAAGUACGUGUUGAUCCAGAAACCGGAGGGGGUUUUAAUGGCCAUGGAUCAAGGGGUAGGAAGUUCUUGAUCCCUGCUGUCUGGAACCCUAAAACAAAGUCAUGCUGGACCUUACUUUAGCAAGCCAUGAACGUACUAUUAAAGGGAGAGGUGAAAAUUUAAUUGUAUAGCUUUUCAAAAGUCAUUCCUUGUAGAAAAUCAAAUUCAACGUGCCAACAUUCAAUGUAUAAUUCACUUGCUCUCUUGGUGUU